AUGUACCGACCAGCUGCCAGAACGCUGCUGCGGAGCGCAGCUCAGAGCUCCCUUGCACCUGCCCGGACACAUGCAGGACGGCGGUUCGCGAGCACAACGCCAGCCGAUGGCCGACGGAGUUGGAAGAGCAGUGCUUUGAGAUGGGGUAUCGCGGUUGCUGGCAUCUAUUACUACAACACCAGCCCGGUCUUUGCGGAGCAGCCACAGCACAAUCUCCUUAAUCCCAACCUCGAAUCUCUCGAAGACUCGGAAGACCAGCAGCUAUCGUUAGAAUCACUGACCAGCCGGCGCGCACGGGAAGCCGAGAAGAACAAGAACGCCGCUGCCCUGCACUCCGCCGCCGAUGUCCUUUCCUCGGAGAAUGCCUCGACUACGGUCGUCGGUGAACAUGAAGCACCGCUCAGCACGGGCGAACUAGACGGCGCAGCGGGACUCGAGGAAGAGGCGGGGCAACAGGGCGCGUUCAAUCCGGAGACGGGCGAGAUCAACUGGGACUGUCCGUGCCUGGGUGGCAUGGCAGACGGUCCUUGCGGGCCGGAGUUCAAGGAAGCGUUCUCGUGCUUCGUGUUCUCGAACGAAGAGCCCAAGGGCAUGGACUGCAUCGACAAGUUCCAAAACAUGCAGCAGUGCUUCCAGCGACAUCCCGAGGUCUACAAGGGCGAGCUGGAGGAUGAAGAGCUUGAUGCCGAGUUGGAGGGCGAGAGGCAGGAGCUGGUCAAGGAGAUUGCCGAGAGGAAGGCGCAGCAGGAGCAGCGAGAGGCUUCUGCAGAUGGAAUUGGUCAGCGCAGGCUUUUGGAAGAGCCUGCUCCAGCAGUCGCUCAGCCCGCGGCUAAGUCUACGAAGAAGUCGAAGGAGAAGGAGAAGAAGGAGAGUCAUGGUGCAAAGCAGGCUGCUGCGCCUGAAGCUCAAACAGCGACAACAGCGCCAUCCGAACUUUUGUCAGACAACGAGGUAGCCCAUGAUGCUCCCUCGGCUACACUCAAGAAAGCAGCGCCGUCAUCACAGCCGGCGGCCGACGAGUCGGUUAUCUCAGAAGGAGACCUUGUCCCAAAAGCAGCUCAUGACGCCAGAGAACAAGUGGGGGUUCCCGAGCACAAGGCCGAGAACUAA